CACUCGACAAUCGUGUCCACCCGUCACUACAGGGCACCGGAAGUCAUACUCGAGUUGGGGUGGAGUCAGCCGUGCGAUGUCUGGAGCAUUGGCUGCAUAUUAUUUGAAUUAUACUUAGGAAUAACACUGUUUCAAACGCAUGACAAUCGCGAGCACCUGGCUAUGAUGGAGAGGAUACUGGGGCCCAUUCCCUAUAGGAUGUGCCGCAAAACCAAAACGAAUUACUUCUAUCACGGAAGGCUCAGUUGGGACGAGAAGUCGUCGAACGGACGGUACGUACGGGAGAACUGUAAGCCACUGCUCCGGUACAUGACUGUGGACGACGAGGAGCACCGGGCGCUGUUCGACCUGAUCAGCCAUAUGUUGGAGUACGAGCCCAGUCAUCGGCUCACUCUGAAGGGCUCGUUGGAGCACCAGUUCUUCCGUAAGCUUCCGCUGGAAUACCGGUUACACGAGUUGGACGCCAUUGAGGCCACUCAAGAGAGGAACGACAGCUCAAAAAACGAAUGUCGGGAGCGCUCGCAUAGUCUGUCGCGA